AUGCAACUGCCCCGAGCGGCCACCAGCCGUGAAGCUACAGACCAGGAAUCAUGGGGUGAAUCAUGGGCGGUGGUGUAUGGCUCUCUGCCUUUUCUUACUUUUGGCGCAUUGCAUACAGGCCGGCGACUCUACACCUGCCAGAAAGACCACCAACACCGAUGCAAGUUCUUCCUAUGGACUAGCGACGCCGAGGCCCGCGAGAAGCUAGCCCUCCUGUCGAACUCCCGCACCGAAGCGCCUGCUUCUGGAUCCUCGUACCCAAGUCCAUCGCCGCAAACUCCCUCGUCGAAGACUGCCUCCGCGCAGCAAAGUACGGGCGGCCUUCUAACGCCGCAAACAGGCGGGCGAAACUACGGAGGCUCACGAUUCAACAAUACUCCGACAAGCACCGGCGCUAGCGCGAAAGCCCGCAUGAUGGCCGAAGACACAGAUGAGUUCGACUGGGACGAGGGACUGCAGAAUGAGAUGGACCAGGUGUUCGAAAGCAGCCAGCCUCUGCGACAGCCGGAGUUUGGGCUUCCAUCGCGCAAGACGCCGCGCACGGAGAAAACAACUAGCCCGGGGAAGCGAAAGAGGUCGGUUGACGAUGACGCGGAGAGCGAUAGGACAGUUACGCCGGGCGGGCCUGCGCGUGGAAUGGGAACGGGUGCUCAUGUGACGCCUUUCCUCACGCCUACGCCGACGCGGUAUAGGAAUGCAGGAGUAGGACUUGGGGCUGCGGAGACGCCGCUUGCGACGUCGUCGGAUCUAGCGGCGCAAGUUUCACGGAUACUAGAGGGUCAUGAGGUUGACGUUCCGGUUGGAGCAAUGGAGGAGUUGAGGGCGCUGUUUAAUCGGCAUGAGAUGAAAGUGAAGGGGAUAAUUCGAGGCCGGGACAUAUCACGGGCUGCCCUGAAGGACAAGGAUGAUCAGAUCGUGAGGCUGAAUGAAAGGAUUUCGAUGCUGGAGUCGCAGCUGGAGCUGGAACGCACGCGCGCGGGCCCCGGCUACCUCUCUGAAAUGUAUCGACCCCCCGUUAACCGCGCAAUGCGGGUUCUGGACCGAUCGUUCUUCAAGAAAACCGUACCGCUUUCUGCCGCCACGAUAUUCAAGAACUCGGAUAUCUCGAUGGUGCGAUCGUCGCUGCAGAAGAGCAAGGAUAUACUUAAUCUACCCCGCUUGAGUACGAUCCAGGACGUCAAGAAGGAUGAUGUCGUCAAGAAGUGCUUGCUGCUCAAGGAGGAAAUCAAAUACGAUGAUACUGCGACUUGGUCGCCGACUAUCAACGAGUUGGUGAACAACGGGAUUGUUGGUGUUGGGCCUUUCAACCUGGAGCUGGACUACGACUAUUGGCUUCACUCCGACAUUAUCAGCGCGGUUCUACCGGAGGAUCUGCUUGAGGAGGUUCCGCAGGGCUUCACGCAGGUGGGACACAUCGCCCAUCUGAACCUUAGGGAACAAUACCUUCCAUGGAAACGCCUUAUUGCAGAGGUCCUGCUGGACAAGAACUCCACCCUUCGCACCGUGAUCCGAAAGACCGAGGACGUUGGCUCUCACAGCGAAUUCCGGACGUUCCCUUACGAGCUCCUGGCCGGUGACGCGGAUAUGAAUGUCAUUCAGCAUGAGCAAGACUGCGAGUUCCGUUUCGAUUUCUCGCGCGUAUACUGGAACAGUCGUCUCCACACGGAGCACCAACGGCUUGUAGAACUUUUCAAGCCAGGGCAGAUGGUUUGCGAUGUCAUGGCUGGCGUUGGGCCGUUCGCGAUCCCCGCUGGUAAGAAGAAGAUCUUUGUCUUUGCCAAUGACCUCAAUCCGCACGGUUACGAGGUGAUGCAGGACGCCGUGAAGAGGAACAAGGUCCAUCGAUUUGUCACGCCGUUCAACCAAGACGGCAGGGACUUUAUAAAGUGGUCCGCGAGGGCACUUUUGAGGUGGGACUCACCGGUGGUGACCAUUUUGCCAAAGAGUAAACAGUCAAGGAACGCCCCCGGCAAAGCGAAAGAAAGCAAGCUUCCCGCAGAAGUAUACCACCGUCCAAAGCUCGUUGACCAUUAUGUGAUGAACCUUCCGGGUAACGCCCUUGAGUUCUUGGACGCAUUCAUCGGCGUUUACGCAGGCCGUGAGGAACUUUUUGCGCCACACACCAAGGCACAACUGCCUAUGGUCCACGUGUACUGUUUCUCGGGUCACUCAGAGAAUGAAGUCGACGACCAUAUUGAUAUCUGCAAGCGCAUGUCCGAGGUAAUGGAGUACCCCAUCACGGUAGAGGACCGGGUUGGCGGAACUGGAAACCAGGAGCUGGAGCUUUCCAUUCACAACGUGAGACUGGUUAGCCCUAACAAGCAGAUGUUCUGCGCCAGCUUCCGACUUCCUAAGGAGGUUGCAUUCAGGAAGAAGUGA